GAUAUGUAUGCGCAAUAGGAUUACUGCGCAGCUCGCUCAUCGAUGAAUCUGAAGUUCGCAAUAUCGCAGCUUUAGUACGGCAUAUGUAUAACAUGUGUUUACGUUCAGUCGACUUUAUUCUUCGAAGUUUAUAACAUACGUUUUGUCGUCUAUUACGUUCAUUUUCGAAAAAGCUUCUCUCAUACGCAGUUAUCUCUCAAGCUGUUCAUCGUAAUUAUAAUACUUUAAUUAAGUACUUUUUGUACAUAUUAUAAAAUAUAAUACAAAAUUCGUAAAAAUGACUCCACCUAUGGAGAGGAUCCAAAUCUUAGAAACUAUUGAAAAAGAUAUCAUUGUUUGUUUACAAAGUGCAGGGCAAGCGUUUAUGGAAUUAAGUAAGGAAAAGUCUAGUUUAAAGCAAGCAGAAGCCCAAACUCAUCAAUUUUUGAAAACUUUAGGCCAUGUGGAAUCAAAAUUGAGCGAACAAAUCAAUUAUCUUACACAAGUUUCGACAGGUCAACCACACGAAGGUUCUGGAUACGCGAGUCAAAAGGUUUUGCAAAUGGCGUGGCAUAGGUUAGAACAUGCUCGUAGUAGAGUAAAUGAACUGGAACGCAUAAAAAAUAAACCAAGAUAAAAACUAA